AUGAGCGCGGUGGUCAAACACGGCUCUCCGACUCCUUCGGCGGAUCCCAGCAGUGGGGAUCGUGACUCGCCUGAUAUCACCGAGCACUCAGAGCAGAAUCCGAAAAAUGGUAAAAUGGCCAAGGCGAACGCCAAGGACCCCUCGCGACCGCGUCGGAAGAAGGCCCGGCGUGCCUGCUUUGCCUGCCAGCGCGCCCAUUUGACUUGCGGUGACGAGCGGCCAUGUCAGCGCUGUAUCAAGCGCGGCCUCCAGGAUGCUUGCCAUGACGGUGUACGCAAAAAGGCCAAGUAUCUGCACGACGCCCCGGACGGAGCCUUGAUGCCCGGAGCCGGUGGUAACAACUUCUACAACAACAAAACUUCUGUGCGCAACAAUAUGCCCAGAAAUGGCACCACUGCAGUUACUGCGAAUGCGCAGCCACAAACCUCGAAUGCCGGGGCCAAUGGCAAUUUCUAUCCCACGCCGCAGCAGGCGCAGUCACAACCGGGGUCUUACAACGUCUUUCAGGAACCUUCGAUGGGCCAGAGUCCCUUUACCACCCAGUCUCCUAUGUCGCCAACGUUCAACAUGAAGAAUACCCAGAACGGCCGGAAUGCCAGUCUCUCUUCGACCGUGAACCAGCCCACGCCUAAUACCGCGCUCUCCGGAGAUACUAGUCAGGGUCAAAAUCCAUUUGCGGGGCCAUUCUUCGAUCCCAGUGAUCCAGCGCUGUUCAAUUUCGACUUGUCCAGCAUGAACUUUGAGAAUCGAUACGGUGCUCUAGAGUUUGGCAUGCUUGGUCACAUGGCCACGGGAGCUGGAGAUUCCCCCAGCGAUUCUGCAACGCAGCGCGGGUCGAUCGGCCGCAGUGGGUCAGCCCAGUUCUCCACGCCAGCUCCUGGGUUUGGGGAAAGCCCGAACAAUCAGCCUUUCAUGUUUGGUGAUCCCAUGCUCAACGACUGGUCGAGCGGACAGGCCUCGGGCCAUGUGAACGUCGGCGGAGUAUAUGGCCAAAACGGCAUGCUUCCGGGCCACAUGAAACAUGAUGCGCCUCAUGCUUUUGCAAUCGAGAGUGGCCCAGCAAACUUCACGAGCCCCGGCUCAGCCACUAGUCCGCAUAUCCCGACCGCUGGGGUUGAGGAUCCUUCCUUCAAUAAUGUGGUCGCCGCCAAGUCGAAUAGCCUUGCGCCCAAUGGACAGCGGCCGCUGAUCUCAACGCCCAGCUUGAAGCAUCAGUCUCUCCAAGUGGGCCCGAAACGGCGUCAGCGCAACCCGUCGUCGAUCUAUGAGAGCGUGAAGGAGCCGUACGCCUACACCACUGGGUUCCACAGUCUGACGGCCUUUAUCCAACGACGGUUCUCACCACAGAAGACGGUGCGCAUUGCCAAAGCGCUGGCAUCCAUCCGGCCAUCGUUCAUUGCGACCACCAAGACAUUGAAUCGGGAUGAUCUCGUGUUCAUGGAGAAGUGCUUCCAGCGGACGCUGUGGGAAUAUGAAGACUUCAUUAAUGCGUGCGGUACCCCGACGAUCGUCUGUCGUCGCACCGGCGAGAUCGCCGCCGUGGGCAAGGAGUUCAGUAUCCUGACCGGCUGGAAGAAAGACGUGUUACUCGGGAAAGAAUCGAACCUCAACGUCAAUACUGGCGGAUCAUCAGUGCCACAAUCUGGCACGACAUCACGCGGCAGUUUCACACCGCGAAGCUCGACCCUCGAGAAUUCCACUGGCAGCGGACGCCCCCAACCAGUGUUCCUUGCCGAACUGUUGGAUGACGACAGCGUGGUCGAGUUCUACGAGGACUUUGCCCGGCUCGCGUUUGGUGAUUCGCGUGGAAGCGUGAUGACACGCUGCAAGCUGCUCAAGUACAAGACCAAAGAGGACAUGGAGCUGGCGCAUUCGGAUGAGGGCAAGUGGAAUAAUCACCUGCGCAAGGGCGGCAUUGCCGGCGAGGCGGGUAUGAACCAGCUCGGAUUCAAGGAUGGAAAGGUCGAAUGCGCGUACUGCUGGACGGUUAAGCGUGAUGUCUUCGACAUUCCUAUGCUCAUUGUGAUGAAUUUCUUGCCGUGUAUCUGA